CAUGUGUUAAAUAAAUAUGAGCAAAAAAGGGUGUGAAAAAUGGUCUUUAUUCUUUAACCUUUUGUUAAAAGAAAUCACAAAAAUACUCUGCUCUCAUGGAUAUCAAUCAAUUGCAAACAAAACAGGUUUAUAAAAAAAAAUCCAGACACUACUGGAACUUCAAAUGGGAUCGGCUUCUAUGGUGCCAAUAUUAGUGGAGGGCACUGUAUAUGUUACAUGUAUAAUACAAUAUACCUAUAAAGACUUGUAUAAAGCGCUUCGCUUGCACACGUCAAUUUUUUUCUCAUCAGGCCGUUUCCAAAUUGUACAUUCAUUUCUGAAGCAAUUUAUGUCCUAGUCUAAAUAUGUCCGUACAUCCAUUUUCCAUACCGCUUAUCCUACACGGGUGAGCCUAUCCCAGGGAAAUCAGGACACAAGGCGUUCACGUUGCUACCCAUUCACACACUACGGACAAUUUGGAAAUGUCAAUCGGUCUACGGUGCAUGUCUUUGGACUAGGGGAGGAAACCGGAGUACCCGGAGGAAAGCGCUCAUGCAUGGGCAGAACACGAAAACAGGGUGGAGGUGGAAUCAAACCCCAAACGCCCCAAACGUGCCCCCCUGUAUAGAAAUCUAAAGAGAUGAAUAUAAAGAUGAAUACAUAAAGCCAGCAUGAUAUUAACAUGAAACAUUACAUUAAAACAUUCCAAUCACUAGGCUAUAAUUAAGAGAUUGUGAAACUGUACUGAAGUGCAUUUUUCCAGAAUGAACGGACAACAAACGUGUGAUUUUUCAGUGACACUGAACAGUGUUAUAGUCUCGGACAGGAAGUGGUUAAUCUGGGGGCGUGGCCUGUGGGUGCUGCUGUCCAGCCGCAGCCGGCUGCAGGUGACGGGAGAUUUUACGCAGCAAUCCUCCACAACCAGGCGGGGCUGCGCUCACACUCAUCAGGCCUUCAAGCUACUAUUUGGGGUAAUAUUUUUCUGUUGGAACACUACGGCAAGAUUGCACUGACUUCACCUUCUGAGGGGAAAUCCAUCACGGCAGGAAAAGUCGCGCUCUAAUCCGUUUAAAAGAAGAGGGGGAUUAACUCGAUGCCUCAUUUUUGCUGAGAAUUAAUCGCUGCUGCAGGUCUUGGGCAUGGCGUGGCCCUGCAUCACCCGCGCCUGCUGCAUCAACCGCUUCUGGAGCGAGCUGGAUAAAGCGGACAUCGCCGUACCGCUCGUUUUUACCAAGUACUCGGACGUGGGCGAGGUGCGGCACCUCCAUCCGCAACCGGGCCCGUUAGCGCAAUCCCAUCAUCCCAGCGCGGUCGCCAUAGAAACAGAGCCCGCCCACACCGCGCCACAAGAGUCGGCUGCAGCAACAGCAUCAGCAUCUUCAGCAGCGCGCGGGUCGUCCGUCACGCGCCAGGACUUCAAAGCCUGGAAAGUCAAACCGGAACCGAGCUGCAAACCCAAAAACGAGUACCGCCCGUGCCAAACACCGUUCGAUAACGAGACGCAGUACCAGAAAGAUUAUAAACCGUGGCCCGUUCAGAAACGCGGAGAUCAUCCAUGGAUCCCCAAAGGCGAGAGCAAGAGCCAAAAGCUGGAGCACGUGAGAGCCUCAGAACCGGACACGGGCAUGGAGAAGUGCGAGAUCGAGGAGAGAGUAAAAGAAAAAGAAGAUGCCAAGGAGGAGAAGAAGAAGCGCCCGGUGAAGAAAGAGGAGGAUGCUGAGACUGGAGAGAAGAAGAAAGAGCAGAGCGUGGGGUCCAGAGGAAGAUCAGCAGCAGAUGCUCUAAACAGGCAGAUCAAGCAGGAAGGAACUACUGGAAGCUCAUACAGUAUGGAGUUCAAGGCGUACACUGAUGUAAAGCCGGUAAAACCCAUCAAAGCCAAGUCACAGUACAAACUGUCAAUGGAGGAGAAGGCUAAUUUGGAGACGAGCUACAGUGCCACUUAUAAAGGAGAGCAGGCAAAGCCAGAAGCUACAGAUAACAAACUGCUGGACCGCCGCAGGAUACGCAGCCUAUACAAUGAUCCCAGCAUUAAAGAACCCAGCAAGCCAGAGAAGCCCAGUGUGUCCCACUCCAAACCCAAAAAGACGACAAGCCAUACAAGUAAAACAGCAAGUAAAUCUAAAGCAAGGCCGAACACUGGAACCCAACCUGCCAAGAAGAAAAGCUCUGUCAGCAAGCUGGAUUUAAAGCCAGAUGGAGGAGUCACCAAGAAAAGUAAAGAAAUGAUUAACAGACUGGCUGAGGGAAAAGAAUAGAUGCAAUUCUGUGUGUGGAUUUGGGUGAAAGGGGUCUGUGCUCUUGAUACUAGAAGACUCACUUUUAUUUAAGCCCAAUUUCAGUCUUUUAGGCUUUUAAGUAUGGAUUGUGGAUUUGGAUUUGACAGCUUGCUUCGCCUUGAAUGUGGCAUCACUGCAUAAUCCAUAAUGAUCUCCAAUCUUUUCACACAAGCCUUAAGCUUUAUUGCAUGAAAUUUGCGAGCAAACACUGCUCAACCCUUACUAUAAAUAUGUGAUUAGAAAUGUAUCAUUAGAAAUUUGUAGUUAUCAUUGGGCUUUAAUCACAUAACAUUUUUACAAAUACUUAUUACACACCCCAACUGGAUUUAAAGACGUACACAUAAUAUGUACUGAUUAGAGGUAAUAAUGGAAUUGCACAUAUAUCUGGUUCCUAGUAGUUUCCUUCCCAGCAUCCCACGAACUAAUUAUUGAAACGGUAUUUCAUAUAGCGCGUACAUCAACAAACACUAACAAUGAGCCAGAUUUGUUAGAACUUCUAUCACAUCAUAAAAUGAUUAGUGCAUGCACUUCCACGAGUCAUAAUUCAUUUUUCAUUGCCCAGUGCACCCAAAACUCAUCAAAACUGCUGCUGAAACAUUACCAAAUUAGGCCCAUAGUCUUUCAGGAUGCACAUCAAAACAAAACAAAAAUACAUAUAAAAUACAUCCACCGCUGUUUUCAGACCUUUCCAUCUGAAAUAUCUGAGUCUCAAACAACCUCGCUGUGUGUUUGUGUCUUUGUAGUGACAUACAUUAAUCCCUUAAAACUGAAUUCUCAAAAGGGUCGACAUGUCAGUGUGAUCUGCUGUGCGUUAUGCUAUGAAAUGAGAAGUAAACAACUCUUUUAAGCUUAAAGCUGCCUGCUAUAGUUAGUUAAGCUGUAUGGAAGAAUGCUGCUAACCGCACUACUGUUUGGUCUUUCAACGAAUAUGAUAAAUGAAGCCAUUUCUGUUGAGAUUGCCAUAAAAAUGUCAGAAAUACUCGUACAGGUGGACGCAUGGUGCAUUUCUGAUAACCGUUGUUCUGUCAUCAGCCUAGCCAUGUAAGUCACAAGUUGGGAGAACCUGCAGACUUCUUGGCGCAUCAAUCUUGCUGGCUUGUCCUCCAAACAUGCUGUGUACACUUCACUGGGUGCUAUCUUUAAGCUCUGCCGUCCGUUUGAGAAUAUGGUGCCUGAACACGCCACCUGAUGCCACUGCAACUGCAUUGUGUUUUGUACGUGUGAUGUUCUUGUGGUGUUCGCUUGCCUUGAAUAAAAUCACUAAAGCGGUAUCUUUGGUACAUUUAAU